AUGCCUGUGAACGGUUCCGAGGACCAGGUCCCCUCCUCUUUCUCCAGCCCGGUCAGUGCUGCCCUCACACCGGGGGGGACGGAGGAGGAUGGAGCUACAGGAGGCUCUGCAGUCUGCAAGGGCUCUGAGGCACCUGCAGCCUACCCUGUCACCACUGGACCAGGCGAGGGCAACAGUGGCAAGAGGUCUGGGGGCCUGCUGCAGAUCAACCGACAGCGCAUCCAGGCUGCAUCGGCCAGCUCUGGAGCUGACGAGCUUCAGGGCCUCGGAGUAGCUGUCUAUGACCAGGAUGUCCUCGAGCAGGGGGUCCUGCAGCAAGUCGACGAGGCAAUCCAGGAGGCCAGUCAGGCUGCUGCUAAAGUUGAGGCUGAGAAAGAGUACCACUCUGUCCUGGAUGACGUCAGAUCUGUUACCCAAUCACUGAAACAUAUCCAGAAGAUUAUUGAGCAGAUGUCUCCAUAUGCAGUCUCCAGUAAGGAUAUCAGUAGGAAGAUUGAAUCUGUCAAACGGCAAAAAGAAAACAAGGAAAAGCACUUGAAAAAGCUCAGAGCCAAACAGAAGCGACUUCAGGCCAUUCUGGGCGGAGAGCACUCCGAAAGAGUGGAAUUGGAGCUUCUGGCAGAGGAUGGCGAAGAGGAAGAUGAAGCUGGGCCCUCCACGCUGGGCAGCAUGCUCAUGCCAGCACAGGAGACUGAAUUCGAGGAACUUAUUCGGAAAGGUCACAUGACUCCUUUUGGAACUCGCAUCCCUCAGAAGGAGGUAAAGAAGGAACCUCGAAAAGUGAUGCUUGCUGAGAAUUCAGCCUUUGACCAGUACUUGGCCGACCAGGCUAAACUGGCCACUGAACGGAAGCGAGUCCCCAUUCUAAAGAAGAGACGGAGCUCAGGGCUUAGCCACGAUGAGGAUGCUACGGGAAAAGUUAACAGAAAAGGUUCAACUUCCAAGGAUAAAAAACUGAAAAAGCGCAUGCGAAAGCUUCAGAUAACUGCACUAAAGGCUCAUCCUAAGGCUCGUCCUAAGGCCGAGCCUCAGGCCCCUAAAACGAAAAAGAGACGCCACACUGAGGGAGAGGGAUCAGACAGCGAGGGAUCAGAGUACCUGCCCAGUGACGCAGGCAUCGACCCUGACCAGGAGGAAAGAGAAGCUAUGGAGGAGGGCUUUGGGGAGGAUGACGAUGAGGAAGGAUACAAGUUAAAACCAUACAACAAAAAAACUAUAGGGAAAGGGAGAAAGAAGGUAAAGGAGGAGAGUGAGGAUGAGUACUGCCCUGAGAGCUCAGAUGAAGAGGACUCUGGGAAGGAUAAAGCGAAAAAAUUCAAAGAUGAUGGAGAUGUGGAAUACUACAGACAGCGAAUAAGGAGAUGGAAACGGCAGCGACUUCAGGAGAGGGAGGAGAAGAGGGAAAGGGGUGAGGAGCUCACAGAUGACAGUGAUGCAGAGUUUGAUGAAGGCUUCAAAGUGCCUGGUUUCCUCUGGAAGAAACUCUACAAGUACCAGCAGACGGGGGUGCGGUGGAUGUGGGAACUCCACUGUCAGCAGGCGGGUGGCAUCCUGGGCGAUGAGAUGGGCUUGGGUAAAACCAUCCAGGUCAUCAGCUUCCUGGCCGGACUGAGCUACAGCAAACUGAGGACCAGAGGAUCCAACUACAGAUAUGUUGGUCUGGGUCCUACAGUUAUUGUGUGCCCAGCUACAGUCAUGCACCAGUGGGUCAAGGAGUUUCACACCUGGUGGCCUCCAUUUAGAGUUGCCGUUCUACACGAAACUGGCUCUUUUACCAGCAACAAGGAAAAGCUCAUUCCAGAGAUUGCCUCAUGUCACGGUAUACUGAUAACCUCGUAUUCAGCUGUGAGGAAUAUGCAGGACACCUUGCAGCGAUACGACUGGCACUACAUCAUACUAGAUGAAGGCCACAAGAUCAGGAAUCCAAACGCUAGAGUCACCAUUGCCACCAAGCAGUUUCGUACUCCCCACAGGUUCAUCCUGUCUGGCUCUCCAAUGCAGAACAAUUUGAAGGAGCUGUGGUCUCUGUUUGACUUUGUCUUCCCUGGCAAAUUGGGGACAUUGCAAGUGUUCAUGGAGCAGUUCUCUGUGCCGAUUACCAUGGGGGGAUACAGCAAUGCGUCACCUGUACAGGUCCAGACGGCGUUUAAGUGCGCAUGCGUGUUGAGGGACACAAUAAAUCCUUACCUGCUCAGAAGAAUGAAGGCAGACGUCAAGGCCAACCUCUCCUUACCUGACAAAAAUGAACAGGUUCUGUUUUGCAGGUUAACAGAGGAACAGCGUCAGGUGUAUCAGAGCUUCUUAGAUUCCAAAGAGGUCUACCAGAUACUUAACGGUGAUAUGCAGGUUUUCUCAGGCCUCAUAGCUCUUCGGAAAAUAUGCAACCACCCAGACCUUUUCUCCGGUGGCCCUCGGAUGCUGAGGGGAAUCCCCGAGGACCAGCUCACCGAGGAGGAACACUUUGGUUUUUGGAAACGCUCAGGGAAGCUGAUGGUGGUGGAGUCACUGCUGCGUCUCUGGUUCAAACAGAGCCACAGAGUCCUGCUCUUCACUCAGUCCAGACAGAUGCUGGACAUCUUGGAGGUGUUUGUGAGGCAGAAUAACUACUCUUACCUGAAAAUGGACGGCACCACCACAAUAGCAUCCCGACAGCCGCUCAUCACUCGCUACAAUGAGGACAAAUCCAUUUUUAUCUUCUUGUUGACUACUAAAGUCGGAGGUCUGGGAGUCAAUCUGACUGGAGCCAACAGAGUCAUUAUAUAUGACCCAGACUGGAACCCCAGCACCGAUACACAGGCUCGGGAACGGGCCUGGAGGAUUGGUCAGAAGCAGCAGGUCACCGUCUACCGGCUGCUGACUGCAGGGACCAUUGAGGAGAAAAUCUACCACAGGCAGAUCUUCAAACAGUUUCUGACCAAUCGUGUUCUGAAGGACCCAAAACAACGGCGGUUCUUUAAGUCUAACGACAUGUAUGAACUCUUCACCUUGUCUGACCCUGAUGGAGCUCAAGGAACAGAGACCAGUGCUCUAUUUGCAGGUACAGGCUCUGAUGUCAAGGUGCCCAAGAAGCCAAGGCCAGGUCACAUAGUUAACCAUGUAAACCAUGCAAAUAAACUCUCCUCAGACCAGAAUGUGACGGGUGCAUGUGGCCAACACUCCUCAGCAGACAUUCAUGCAAACACAUCCCCGUGCAGUAAAAACUUUCAGGUUACCCCAAAUCACAAUGGGGUGAAUGUUGAGCCACGUAUCGCAGUGAAAAUGCAAAACAGAGACUGGGAUGAAGCCAGGGCAUCAGUGGGAAACUCCCAGUUGCCCACUCACCGACAUGGAGACAAAGACUCUGCCCUCACCAGCCCACAGAAACACAGAGAGAAGAGGAAACACUGCGACUCGGCCGACGGAGACAAACACGAACGCGAGAGACGCAAACACCCCAGAGAUGCUCGCUUCGAAGGCCACCGUAUCUCUCACUUGGUGAAGAAAAGGAACUACAAGAAGUCGGAGAGUGAAGACAAGGGGGGACAGGAUGAGAAGAAAUCAGACGAUUAUGUCUUGGCCAAGCUCUUCAAGAAAUCUGGCAUCCACAGCGUCAUGCAGCAUGACACCAUUAUGGAGUCCUCCAACCCAGACUAUGUUCUUGUGGAGGCAGAAGCCAACAGGGUGGCCAAAGAUGCCCUGAAGGCCCUCAAGGUUUCCCGUCAGCAGUGCAGGUUGCCUUACAACCGGCCUCCUCCCCCUCCUGCAAGGAAGCGUUUCGGACAAAAGAAGAAUUCACUCCUGGUUGCACCUCCUGUUCGCUCUGGCCCUAUUCCAGACAAAUGCAAAGAUGCUGCCAUUGUUAAAAAGUCUGUGUCAAAGAAGCCUGGGAUAGGAGCACAUUUCAGUGGGGAGGGGGAAGAAGGUGACUCAAACUCUGCCUCCCUCUCCUCCUCUUCGCUGCUGGCGAAGAUGAGAGCCCGAAACCACCUCAGCCUGCCCUCCAGCCAAACGGAAGAAGCAGAGGAAGAGCAGGAGGACUCUGCUGCAGGAACCAGCACCACUCCAGCUCCGCCUACCGAGCAUGACGAGCUUUUGGUGGAUCUGCGCAACUUCAUAGCUUUCCAGGCCAACGUGGACGGACAGGCCACCACCCAGGAGGUGCUGCAGUAUUUCCAGCCAAGACUGACUCAGGAUCAGGCACCUGUCUUCAGAGAGCUGCUCAGGAGCAUCUGUGACUUCCACAGGAUGUCGGGUCAGGAGGGGGUGUGGAGGCUAAAGGAGCACUUCCGUUGAAUGAAGCACCAGCAGAAGCAGAUAAACUUCCUAACUGUGAUGUAUAUUUUAGUACUUGAAACCAACAAGUCCAUAGAGGUCAAAGAUUCUCCUUUCAUCAGCUUGUCAAAUUGACAAAAAACAAAUAAAUGUCUGACUUCAGAUCGGCUUUUUACACUGAGCUGUGAUGGACCAUAUAUUGUAAAAAAACAAUGUGCUGGUAAACUCUGUUAAACGAUUUUUAUGUCUUGAACAAAAUGGGAAACAGUGGCAGUGUCUAAUGAGUUUAGGCUUAAGUUGAAACAUUUUUUGCAAAUGCUUUUGUUUGUUUGUUUUGUACCUGGUUCUACUUGAAAGCGUCUAUUCAUGUAUUUACCUCAAAUUCAAAACAGUCAUAUCUUGACUAAUGACUUACUCAGUUAUGUGUUGUUUACUUUAAAUAUUUGUACCUCAACAGCUCCAAUUGCCAGCAUUUGCCAUAAGAUUCUGUAGUAUAUGCAGUAGUGUAUUACUGUGGGAUUUUGCAAUGACUGACUUUUCUCAACUGUAAAAAUAUGGCUUGAAAGUAAUGAUAAAAAUGAUCUACCUCCUGUUAAAAAUAAAAUAAUUGCAUAGUUCAUUUAAUAAA